AUGUGGUCAGGAAGUAGCAGAACCCUGCAAGAAGCUCCAUCGCAUCUCUGUUCAGUAUUGUUGAAGAUGUAUUGUCUUGCUCUCGUUCUUAUUGCAAUUCUACAAACAUGUAAAGGAUGUCUCGCUGUGGGAGAGGAAAGAGAAAUUGUGGAUUCAACUGUGAAACUUACCAAUAAUAUGACUCUUGAAUGUGUCCAUCCAAAGACUGCAAAUAUAAUCCAGAUGUCAUGGAUUAAGAGUGAAGGCAAAAAGACAAUUGCGGUCUUCAGACUGCCUCAUGACCUGCAUAUUACUAGCACAUAUGAAGGCAGAGUAAAUGUUGUUAAUCAUACUAUGAAUGAUAAGUCCCUGGUUUUCAACAGCACCACUAAGGCAGAUAUUGGCUUAUAUGUAUGCUCUUUUCAGACCUUCCCACAUGGAAUAUGGGAAAAGAGGGUACAGGUUGUCCAAUCAGGGAACUUUACGUCUCCAUUCUCACCAGCUUCCCAAGUCAUUAUUGAACCAGGGAAGAAUGCCACCUUUAGAUGUGGGACUGACCUUGUGAUAGCAAUGAACCGUGUGACAUGGGAAAGGGUUCGUGAUGACACUGUGGAUACCAUAGUCCAAUGUGCUCAAGGCCAAUCAAUUCAUGGUUCGGAUUACGAAGAACGGGUAGAGGUAGACUGUGCUACCCAGGCAAACACAAUUGUGCUUUGGAAUGUCACAACGUCUGAUUCUGGGAUGUUUCGCUGUUGUUACAUCGGAGCUUCAGGUGAAUCUGGAGCUCACUGGACAAAGUUGACUGUCACAGUCAACGUUCCUUUGGAUUACAAGCAGAAUAUCUUUGCCAUAGCUGGAGGUGCUGGAGUUGGGGCUACCAUCUUGCUACUAAUGCUCAUCUUGUCCAUCGUUGCAACUGUUGUUCACCAUAGGAAAAAGAAGAGGAAAAGGAUCAUGAUGCCACCAAAAGCCGUUUUUACCACUGAACGCCAACCCUUCCAUGGCCAACAGAAUGCAAGUAAAGGAGGAAACACGACGGCAUCUGAGACAAAGCAGCAGGCGAUCUAUGUCAACUACACACGUGGACAAAAAAUGCAAAUGUGA